UUCCAAAACGGUACCAGCUGUGGUCUCUCGAAGCGGGACUAAGUAGCAGUCCUGUGAUACCACACAUUGCCGAGCAACCAGCGCAAUCGUUGGAUUUAAAACCGUAUUCACUGCAAGAACCCCGGUCCCUGGAUCUUUGGCAGGUCCCGUAUAUACACAGGAAUAUUGCAAAUUUAUAUAUUUUCACCGGAAGAUGUGAGGCCAUAUAUAUGUGUUUGCACAAUAGUAACUAAAAGGAACACUCAUCGAUAAAGAUACACUCGAAGAUAGAGAUAAAGGAAAAGAGGUCAUGAAGCUAAAGGGGUUCUGAAUACAACAGAGGGAGUGCCAAGAGGUCCUGCGUGAAGCCCUCCCCCCCAUCCCCACGCCCCCACUCUUCUCCAGCUUGUAACCGUGGGGCGUCGGCUCUUCAGCCAGGUCGAAGGUCAUCUGCCCGAAGCAUGCUGCCCGACCGCCACCUCCCUUGCCUUCUAGUGCCUCUGGUGGCCCUGCUCCUAGUGCUGCUGCCUGGCUGCAACGCCUUAUCUCCCCCUCGGUUCACAAAGAUCCCGGUAGACCAGAUAGGUGUGUCGGGGGGUGUGGUCUCCUUCGUCUGCCAGGCCACAGGUGACCCAAAGCCCAGAGUGAACUGGAACAAGAAAGGGAAGAAGGUCAACUCCCAGCGCAUCGAGACGAUCGAGUUUGACGAAGGCGCGGGGGCGGUGCUGCGCAUCCAGCCGCUGCGGGCGCCGCGCGAUGAGAACAUCUACGAGUGCGUGGCUAACAACAGCGAGGGCGAGGUCACCGUCACCGCCAAGCUGUCCAUCAUCAGAGAGGACCUGCUACCUUUAGGCUUCCCGAACAUAGACAUGAGCCCCCAGCUGAAGGUGGUGGAGCGUACACGCACAGCUACAAUGCUCUGUGUCGCCAGCGGUAACCCUGACCCAGAAAUCACUUGGUUUAAGGACUUCCUGCCCAUUGACCCCAGUGCAAGUAAUGGGCGAAUCAAACAGCUGCGAUCAGGUGCCUUGCAGAUAGAGAACGCAGAAGAGACAGAUCAGGGGAAGUAUGAGUGCGUAGCGUCCAACGUGGAAGGUGUCCGCUACUCUUCCCCCGCCAACCUAUACGUGCGAGAGCUUCGAGAAGUCCGGCGUGUGCCCCCCCGCUUCUCUAUCCUGCCUACUAACCACGAGAUCAUGCCAGGUGGCAGCAUCAACAUCACCUGCGUGGCCGUGGGCUCCCCCAUGCCCUAUGUCAAAUGGAUGCUCAACGCUGAAGACUUGACGCCCGAGGACGAGAUGCCGGUCGGCCGCAACGUGCUGGAGCUCAGCAGUGUUCAUGAGUCGGCCAACUAUACCUGCGUGGCCAUGAGCAGCCUGGGCAUCAUCGAGGCUGUGGCCCAGAUCAUCGUCAAGUCUCUGCCGAAGCCUCCCGGGACACCCAUUGUGACAGAAACCACGGCAACCAGUGUGACCAUCACCUGGGACUCUGGCAACCCUGAUCCCGUCUCCUAUUACAUCAUCCAGUACCGCGCCAAGUCCCCCGACAGCAAGUUCGAGACAGUGGACGGCAUCACCACCACCCGCUACAGCAUCGGCGGCCUGUACCCCAAUACAGAGUAUGAGAUCCGGGUGUCGGCCUUCAACAGCAUCGGACAGGGCCCGCCCAGCAACGCUGUGGAGGCGCGGACCGGGGAGCAAGCCCCGGCCAGCCCGCCCCGAAACAUCCAGGCCCGGAUCAUCUCUCGGAACACCAUGGUAGUGCGGUGGGAGGAGCCGGAGGAGCCCAAUGGGCAGAUCAAAGGGUACCGGGUCUACUACACCAUGGACCCCAAGCAGCCUAUGAGCCUCUGGCUGAUCCACAAUGUUCAGGACAGCGUGAUCACUACGUUGCAGGGUCUCACGCCGUCUGAGACGUACACCAUCCGUGUGCUGGCUUUCACCUCCGUGGGUGAUGGCCCCUUUUCCGACCCCAUCCAUGUCAAAGUGCUCCUGGGAGUACCUGGGCAGCCAGCAAAGUUCCAGGUGGGCAAGGUGUCCGACACAAGCAUCGAGCUGACGUGGGAGCCUGCCUAUGAGAGGGAGGGCAUCAUUAACUAUGAACUACACUACAAAGAGGGCAAGUUUGGCAGCCAGAUGAAGAAAACGUUUGGCCCCAGCUCUUCCUACGUUGUGGAGGGUCUGCGAGCAAAUACAGAAUACUACUUCUCCCUUGCCGCCAUCUCCAACAAAGGCAUUGGCGCCUUCACCAAUGAAAUUGUCCAGAAAACCUCACAAGCCAGGCCCUCUGCCCCACCUCAAGACAUUAAGUGCACCAGCUCCAGCUCCACCUCCCUGCUGGUAAGUUGGCGCCCCCCGCCUGUGGAGAGCCAAAAUGGCGCCCUGGCGGGGUACAUCGUGCGCUACCAGGUGGCGGGAGCUGAAGACGGCAGCGAGCCCAUGGAAGAGCCUGCCGUGCCCCCCUCCUUGGAGCAGGUCCCGCUGCAGGGGCUGGAGAAGUGGACCCAGUACCAAAUCACCAUGGCUGCCUUCACCACCAAAGGGCCCGGCCCAGAUAGCCAGCCCCUCCUCUGCCGCACCGACGAAGAUGUGCCUGGCGCCCCUCCCCGUCGUGUGGAGGUGGAAGUGCUGAACUCCACGGCGCUCAAAGUGAUGUGGCGCUCCGUGCUGCCGGGGAAGCAACACGGCCAGAUCCGCGGCUACCAGGUGCACUAUGUGCGCGUGGAGAACGGGGAGUCCCGCGGCCUGCCCCGAAUCAAGGACGUCAUGCUGGCCGACGCCCAGUGGGAAACGGAUGAUACAGCUGAAUAUGAGAUGAUCAUUGGGGGCUUGCAGCCUGACACCACCUACUCCAUCACUGUGGCUGCUUACACCACCAAAGGGGAUGGUGCACGCAGCAAACCCAAACUGGUGGUGACAAAGGGAGCAGUGCCAGGCCCCCCCUCGCUGUCAGUCAGUCAGGACACAGAGACUUCCGCGGUGGUGAGGUGGCAGCCGCCAGCGGAGGGUGGCCCCGGGCUGGAGGUACAGGGGUACCGCCUCCAGUUCGGGCGCAAGGACGUUACCCCGCUGGCCACCCUGGAGUUCACGGCCCAGGAGCAGGAGUACACGGUCAGCAACGUGCACCGGGGCGCCACCUACGUCUUCAAGAUCUCCGCCAAGAGCCGCUCGGGCUUCGGCGAGGAGGCCUGGCAGGAGCUGACCGUCCCCGAGGAGGUGCCCAAGGGCUACCCUCAGAUCUCAGAGGGGUCCAACGUGACCUGCUGCUCGGUGCAGCUCUCCUGGCGGCCGCCCAUGCUGGCCGAGCGCAAUGGCGCCAUCACGGAAUACACGCUGGCUUUCAAAGAGGCAGGAAGCGCCGGCAGCCCCCGCGAGCUCACCCUCCCGGCCAGCGAGUCCAGCUACACCCUCAACAGCCUCAACCCCAACUCUGUGUACGACGUGAAAAUUCGCGCGCACACCAGUGUAGGUCCAGGGCCCUACAGCCCCCCGAUCCAGUAUCGGACGGUGGCCUUUGAGACAGAUGUCCCAAAGAACUUCACAGUGAAGUUUGUGACAAAGACAUCGGUUCUGCUUACCUGGGAGUUCCCCGAGAGCCGCUACCCCUACCGAUUCACGGUGGAGUAUAGUCGUCAAAAGAUAGAUGUGGACGCCAGGUUGAGGAAAGCGCUACUAACUAAUCUUCGGCCCAACACGACCUACGACUUCAAGAUCACCAGCCCGGAGGGUAACCUGGGUGGGCUGCGGCACCGCAUUCACGCCAAGACGGCCCCCCCAAUCCUGUCCAAGAAGCCCGAGCUGGAUCACAACCAUGACAUUGAGCCCACUCUUACCUUAAUCCUCCCCCCACUGGAGAAAAGGGAUCUAAUGAAGAAUGUCUAUGUGGUGGUGGUUCCUCUGAAGAAGGGUAGGGGACUCAUCAGGCACAUCAAGAGCCCGGAUGAGAUCGACCUGGAUGAGCUCCUGAAGGACAGCAGUCCGAAAAAGCAUUACUCCAGGGUCACGCGGCAGAGGAGACAGGUGGACAUGCGCAAGCCUUACAUCGCCGCCUGCUUCAAGCCCUCCAACGUGCCCGCCUUCUUCACUGUGGGCAACCAGGCGGACUACAACGGCUACGAGAACAGAGCCCUCGAACCCGGGCAGGAGUAUGUCUUCUUCCUGCUGGCGGAGCUCAAUACCACUAACGGGAAGAUGUUCGUGGCCAGCCCCUACACGGACUCCGUCAUGGCUCCUGACGUGGACCCGCUUCCCAUGGACGGAGGGGACGGUCUGAUCUGGGUCGUCGGGCCCGUUCUCGCUGUGGUCUUCAUCAUCUGCAUCGUCAUCGCCAUUCUGCUCUACAAGAACAGCAAACCAGACAGCAGCAAAAGGAAGGACGCAGAACCACGCAACAAAUGCCCCCUGAACAACGCCGAAAUUGCUGCGCACCACCCCACCGACCCCGUGGAGAUGAGACGCAUCAACUUCCAGACCCCAGAUUCUGGUCUCAGCAGCCCUCUAAGUGAAGCCGAUUUUGCCUAUGAAAGUAUGAUGAAUCACCCGCCCAUCCCGAUUUCGGAGCUGCCGGAACACACGGAGCUGCUGAAGGCCAACGACAACCUCAAGCUGUCUCAGGAGUACGAGUCCAUCGAUCCUGGCCAGCAGUUUACCUGGGAGCAUUCCAACCUGGAGGUCAACAAGCCCAAGAACCGCUACGCCAAUGUCAUCGCCUACGACCACUCCCGGGUCGUCCUUUCGCCCGUCGAAGGAUUCUUGGGCAGUGACUACAUCAACGCCAACUACAUAGAUGGCUACCGCAAGCAGAACGCCUACAUCGCCACGCAGGGGCCGCUGCCCGAGACUUUUGGGGACUUCUGGAGGAUGGUGUGGGAGCAGCGGGCAGCCACUGUGGUCAUGAUGACCCGGCUGGAGGAAAAGUCACGGAUCAAGUGUGACCAGUACUGGCCCAGCCGCGGCACAGAGACCUACGGCAUGAUCCAGGUGACGCUGCUAGACACCAUCGAGCUGGCCACCUUCAGCGUGCGCACCUUCUCCCUGCACAAGAACGGCUCCAGUGAGAAACGGGAGGUCAGGCAGUUCCAGUUCACCGCGUGGCCCGACCACGGCGUGCCAGAGUACCCCACCCCGUUCCUGGCCUUCCUGCGGAGAGUGAAGACCUGCAACCCGCCUGACGCCGGCCCCAUCAUCGCCCACUGCAGUGCCGGCGUCGGCCGCACAGGCUGCUUCAUCGUGAUCGACGCCAUGCUGGAGCGCAUUAAGCACGAGAAGACGGUGGACAUCUACGGCCACGUGACGCUGAUGCGCUCGCAGCGCAACUACAUGGUGCAGACGGAGGACCAGUACAGCUUCAUCCACGACGCGCUGCUGGAGGCGGUCGCCUGCGGCAACACCGAGGUGGCCGCCCGCAGCCUCUACUCCUACAUCCAGAAGCUGGCCCAGGUGGAGAGCGGCGAGCACGUCACCGGCAUGGAGCUGGAGUUCAAGCGCCUGGCCAACUCCAAAGCCCACACGUCCAGGUUCAUCAGUGCCAACCUCCCCUGCAACAAGUUCAAGAACCGGCUGGUGAACAUCAUGCCGUACGAGACCACCCGCGUGUGCCUGCAGCCGAUCCGGGGAUUGGAGGGCUCCGACUACAUCAACGGCAGCUUCAUCGACGGAUACAGGCAGCAGAAGGCCUACAUCGCCACACAGGGACCACUGGCCGAGACCACAGAGGACUUCUGGAGGAUGCUGUGGGAGAACAACUCCACCAUCGUGGUGAUGCUGACCAAGCUGAGAGAGAUGGGCAGAGAAAAGUGCCAUCAAUACUGGCCAGCAGAGCGCUCCGCCCGGUACCAGUACUUUGUGGUGGACCCCAUGGCAGAGUACAACAUGCCCCAGUACAUCCUGAGAGAGUUCAAGGUCACCGACGCCAGGGAUGGCCAGUCCAGGACCGUGCGGCAGUUCCAGUUCACAGACUGGCCGGAGCAGGGUGUGCCAAAGUCCGGCGAGGGCUUCAUCGACUUCAUCGGCCAGGUGCAUAAAACCAAGGAGCAGUUCGGCCAGGACGGGCCCAUCUCCGUCCACUGCAGCGCGGGCGUGGGGAGGACCGGGGUCUUCAUCACCCUCAGCAUCGUACUGGAGAGGAUGCGUUACGAGGGCGUGGUCGACAUCUUCCAGACCGUCAAGAUGCUGCGCACACAGAGGCCAGCCAUGGUGCAGACCGAGGAUGAAUACCAGUUUUGCUACCAGGCGGCUCUGGAAUACCUAGGAAGCUUUGAUCACUAUGCAACGUAAAUGUAAGACAUCUCACCACCAAUCCCACCGUCCCCCUCAACAGUCUUCUGAGCCAUAGGAACUUGCUUGAAUUUUUGAUGACAACAGCCGAAAAACAAACUGAAUGAAAACUUGAACUGAAUUAAAACAAAAAAAUGACACAACAGUAUACAAGAACACAUUCUAUCCAGACUCCAAGGAUGGCUAUUGAAGUAUGGGAAGGUAUUCAACAGUAAACAGAAUGAACAUGCCUUCUCAAAACUGUCUGGUAAAGGAACCAAAUGAUGGCUCAAGAUGUGAGGUGGGAACAAUUUGUGUGUCGGACUGCUAACCUUGCCUCAAGUGUUCGGAUGUGGAGGACAUAUUUUUAUUUGCAUCAAAUGUCCACAAACUAUGUGAUGUUAUUUCAAAACAAAAAAAAACAUGAAGGAAAAACAUGCAAAACCAUCAUUAAUGGAGUAGAGUGGAAGGAAAUGAUAGACGAGAAAGGUAAAGAGGUGGAGUGUCUGUACCAGAGAGGAUUUUUCUAGGUGAUGUGCAUAAAUAUGUAAGCGAAAGGGGUAAUAUUCACGCUUGUCCAAAAAGUCAGCCCACAGAGGUGGCCGCUGUGACACCACAGACAGGCCUACAGAUUGUUCGUGACGCCCGACAGAAGAGUCCACAUUCCCUCUCUCAAGGGCAGCCACUGCCACCUCGAACCUCGUGCCGCCCGUCAAGUCAACAGGGCCUCCGUGUCCCUGGAGUAGAAGCCCCACCUCGCAGUGCCAAGAGCGGAGACUGCGCAUCGAGGCGGACGGGGGGAAAAGCCAGCUCUCGACUCCGACCGGGAAGAGAGGUCUCAACGCCCAGUUUGCGUUCUUAAAUACUCCAGGGCCACAUCGCGAUGUGUUUGAACGUGACAGGGCAGGUGCUGAGCACGAAGGGGGCACACGAGGGGAGUGAGCCGGGAAGAGCACGCGGCUUUGGGCCUGUCGGAAGCCAGCCCCAGAGCGGGCGCCUUUCCGUGGCUCCAUCCCACUUCCGGACGAUGGUGGAGUCGUCUGCGGCCCUGAGUGAUGUCAUUCCAUGGUUGAAAAUGUCGAAGUCGCAAACGUGUUUUAUAAUUAUUUUUUUUUUAAUCAUGGUAGUGUUUUUAGUUUUUUUUUUUUUUAAGUUGUACCGCUGGUAUGUAGUCCUGUGCAGAGCAAAGCGUGAGGGUUAGCUGUGUGAUCACAACAGAGAAAAGGACAACGGAAUGUUUAAGUGGUGUCAGCCGGGAGGGCGAAGAUUGUUUGGGAGAUUCAAACACCAGUAUCCAAAACUGUGUCUACGGAGGCCAACGUCCAUCACAACCAUGUGAUCCUAACUGUCAUUAUUACCAUUAGUAGUUUAGUUUACUUUAGAUUUUUUUCUGUCUAUACCAAACAUGCUGCUUAUGUUUUUGUGUACUGUACUACAGCACCGCGCUAGUACACAGCGAUGGGUCAGAUUCGAAGGCUUGCACCCAGCCUGCCUCAGCCGUGAGCACAGCCCCUUCCUUCAUUUGUAUCUACUUUCUUUACUUCUAAACAAAAAAAAAAGAACUCAAAAGGACCACAAGCAACCAUAUUUGACCGCACCCCGUCUCCACGGUCAAGCAGCACAGGACCCCUCGGUCCACAGACAGAUCCGUGCGUGUCGUGAGGCGCCUUUGACAUUGAGACGCGAGGCAUUUAAGUUUUUCGGGAACACCCUCCUAGACACCGCUCGGUCCGGGCAGCCGUCAGCAGGAGCAGGAAUGGGCGCAAACACAGUGACGUGACAGUGACGUGCAGGUGACCCAUCCGAUGACCUCCGGGGGGUCGUCGCCGCGCUGCUUGGCUUCAGUUGACAGCGACACACUCUGCUUGCAGCGGCAUUGGAAGUUCCCUGUUUGGACACACACAUGCUUCACUGAGCUGUAGUGGUGAUCAUGAAUUCACGAGUGACUGCCUACCGGCAAAAAAAAAAAAAAAACAUUACAUUUCCUUUAACAGGUACUGGAAUGUGUGGCUACACUUUGUAAUAUCUGUCAUUCUGAGAAAAGGAACAGCCCCCUGCCCCUGCCCCCAAAAAAUGUUUCCCGAGGGGGCAGUGCUUUGUGUGUUAAGGAGCUAUUAAUAGGUGUGUACACUAACAGUCAUGAAAGGAGCUGUGAUUAGUCUCUUUCUUACUUCCAAAAAGCCUUAUUGUUAUUGUUAACAUUAUGAAACAUUAAUGUUGUAUUAUUUUGAUUGU